UUCAAAUCCACUCUGUAAAUGACAUCCUAGCGUACGGGCCAAAGUCUUAUAUAAACCCCACUACUCCAUUCAUUUUCUAUAAGAAAGAUAAGCUGCCGAACAAGUAGCUGUUUGGCGUGCGAUAGGAUAUCUUGCUGUGGUGGAAAAUCUUGGCUGUAGAAUGGCCAGUCGCGCUGCUGCAGUGCUGGGGUUGAUAGCCCUGACGGCGAUGUUAAUGGGCCAAGCUACUGAAGCUGUCGAUUUCGCAUUCUCUAAUAAUGCCCAGGGAACCACCGGUGGCAACAGAUUCGAUCAAGAGAUUGGCCAGAGCGGAGCCCUUGAAAUUAUGGACUCCUCCACCAAAUUCAUCUGGGACACCUUUCACCAGCAAUCGGCUGCAGAUAGGAAGAAUGUGGACAAGGUUACUCUCAUCGUGGAGAGCAUGGACGGCGUUGCCUAUACGAGUGGAGACCAGAUUCACCUGAGUGCAGAUUAUGUGGGCAACUACGGAGGGGACGUGAAGGCAGAAAUUAGGGGAGUUUUGUACCACGAAAUGACGCACGUGUGGCAGUGGGACGGCAAAGGCAAUGCUCCCAGUGGUCUCAUUGAGGGCAUUGCAGACUAUGUGCGCCUCACUGCCGGGUUAGCUCCUUCUCACUGGGUUAAGCCCGGCAGUGGAGACAAAUGGGACCAGGGUUAUGAUGUUACUGCCUAUUUCUUGCAGUAUUGUGAAAGUAUUAGCUCUGGAUUUGUUGCCAACAUGAACACCAAAUUGGCUUCUGGAUGGGACGUGGGAUUCUUUAAUGACAUCACUGGCAAAUCCGUUGAUCAGCUUUGGAGCGACUACAAGGCCAAGUAUGCUUCUUCUGGUUAAAGGGAGUUUUGUCUCUCUUUUAUGAUUCACAUGUUAUGGCUCACCAAGUUAAAUAAGUGAACUCCAAAUGGGAAUUGUAUAUUCUUCCCCAAAUGAAAAGAAUAAAGGGGAUUAAUCCCUAAUUAAACAAACCUUUAAAUUGGGGUUUAAUCUCUAAUUAAAUAAACCUUUAAAUUGGAUCUGUUUCUUUUAAUUUAGAGAUAGUUGAUGUCAACAAUGUAAGUAUGAUUUUAUGAUAUUGGCACAUGCAGUGAUUAAUCAAAUGCACACAAAUUUAAAGAAUCAUGUUUAAGGGGUUG